AUGCUCGAAUCUGACGUUAUCGCUGAUGAAGACGCGCCUCUGGCUCUGUUGGGAGCCGAUUUGGAGCCCAAGAAGCUCCCUGCAGUGACCGAUUGCCUGGGUGGGAGAAUAGCGCUUCUUGAAGAGCUGGAGGAAAUGUUAGAGUGUGUUAAGAACAGCAAGAAUGAGGGUUGCAAGAAGACUGUGGUCGACGAGGUGUUGGAUGCUCUGCAAAGGGCUGGUCAUGAUGGGGUGUUGGUAGAUGAGGAGGAAAGGAGGAAGCAGCUUGAUAGACUGUUUGAUGCCAGUAUUAAUAAUAAUGACAUGCCUCCAGGACCGCCCCGCCAAGUACCUUCGUUGAGUCGUGAAGAUGCAUAUUCGAGCAUGGACUCAUUGCUGACUGAUAUCGGCUAUGCUUUCGAAGGUUUAUCGAGGAUCACCAGUCUCGAUAACUUGGAACAUUUCCUGGAAGACCUUCGACACGGCAGUGCCAGUGAGCAGCCUCUUGUUCGGGCGAUUAUUAGCUUGAGAUUGAUGGACACUGUGGACGUGGAAGCUCUUGUUAAG